AUGGAAAAAGCGUGUGGUUUGUAUCCAUGUCGAUCAAGAAGACUGCCGUGCAAAGGACGACUACUUUUGCCGUGUGAUUUAAUGAAGAAACUGCAAUUCGGUUCUGUUCCUAGCCAUAAUGUCUUUCUUAGAGAUUCAGCAUUACCGUUUAUGGAAUGGGAUGGUGAAAAUUCUCGUCUACUGAAAGAAUACAAGACAAGUACUAGUCAUCGUCAGACUCGUAGCGCCCACGAUGAGUUGUCACAAACAACUCUUUGUGAAAAUGCGUUCCCUUAUUCGCCAGAGGCCUUAAGGCUUAGGCUUAAGGCAAAACGUUGUGGUUUGUUCGUUCAGGAAAAGAGUUAA